UGGCACUUUAUGCUAACAAACACCGCUUCUCGAAUACGUCGACGGUUUUAUGUAUGCGCUCAGUUCAAAGCGUAUUAGACCUUCAAUAACGGCUCUCCUUGUGUAUAAACAACAGGGAACAAGCAGUCCGAAUCCAGUUGCUGUAGAUUCCGCUCCGGGUUUUUAUUUUCUCGCGACAUGUCGGUAAGAUGGCUGUAUCUCGCGGAGCCUCGUGCUGGUUUGGUUGAUUUCUAGCUCGCGCUCUCGUUCUGUAACAGAAGGCCCCCCUCCAACACACACACACUCACUUGUGUCGGUUAAAUUCACUUCCCUGGCUCUGUAUUUAUACAUUUUUUCUUUCACAAACUUUCCCCUCUCUGUUUUAACUUUAAACGGAGUCGCGGUGGAUUACCGGAUACCGGUCCGGGCGGAGGGAAAAGGGGGGAAUGAACCGGGACAACGGGUACGUUGUUAUAAAUAUACUUGUAUUUAUAUUCAAUGGUUAUUCGAAGUUUGAUUGUGUGUGAGUCGCCGUGCUGAGAGAGAGGCAGAGAAAGAGUGGGGGAGAGAGAGAGAGGGAUAUCAUGGCCGCUCAGGUCGCUAGCGUCGCCACUCUCAACACUAGCCCGCCAUCCGAACUAAAAAAGCCGGAUCGGGACACACAGGAGGAGUCGGUACCGGGAGAGAAACAGCAUGAAAAUAAGGAACCGGGACCUGACGGCGGAUCUCCUGGGCAGAAGGAGCUGCAGGACGGGACCGAUGCUGGAAAUGCUGGGGGAGGAGGGGAUCCUGACAUGAAGAACGGCAACGGGAAUUUACCCAGGGUAAAUAAUAAUAGCAGUAAUCAGAAUGAUACAGGCGGGCCCGAAGGGAAUAACCAUCCCGGGAUGGGACACCACCACCCGGGCCCCUUUCCUCCACCUCCUUACGGUUACAACCAGCACUACACCCGGGCCCCUUUUCAUCAACAUGGCGGACAACAAAGCCCUGGCAUGGCAGCUGCAUCGGGGCCGGGCAUGAUGGACUCUUACCCCCCUAAUUCACACGAACACGGCUACCCCAACCAUUACAACAACUACAGCCCGUUCCAGAACAGGACUUCUUACCAGGGCCCGGGAUACGGGGCCAUGAAUUCCCCGCGUAACAACCAGCCUCCGGCUGGGGGGCAGCCAGGCAAGCAACAGCCAGCAGGAGGAACCACAGCUAUGGCUGCCUCUUAUAAUAAUCAGAGAUAUAACAUGGGAAACCAACAACCUACGUCUACGCCAACUUUAAAUCAGCUUUUGACAUCCCCCAGCCCUACCAGGAGCUACCCGAAUUAUCCCCAAGGAGACUAUAACAAUCAGGAGGGGGGCAACAAGGGACCAGGGGAUAUGGGCAGCAGUCAGUAUGGUGGGGUCCAUCCGGCUUGGCAACAAAGGACCCACCAUCCGCCUCCCAUGAGCCCGGGAAACACUGGACAACCUCCAAACAGAAAUCAGGUAAACUUCACUCACUGCACUGACACACUUUGGCUGACUUAAAGUCUCUCAGUCGCUGAGAAAAAGCACUGUAGAGUUGAAUAUUGCAUUGGACCAGCCAUUGUCUAUGUAGCAAGAGCUCUAAAAUGGCUGCCUCUCUCUCUCUCCCAAUACCACCCCUGCAAUAGUGUUUAGACAGAGAAAGAAGCCGCAUAUUCCGUCAGAAACAACUUUCUGAGACGUGGGUAUCGGUGUGUGUCCCUGCUUGGUACAGGGCAAGAGUUAGACUAAGUAGAACAAGAGUUAGCGGGGAGAAAGUGUGUGCGUGUGUGCAGGGAGAUGAGGUGAUAUUUGUUCGCGGUAUUGCUCUAGCCUCGCUGUCAGUGCUGUAACCGCUGUCAUUUCUGCGAGAAUCCGCAGCGAGUCCGGUUCUUUUCGGUGCCGAGCUCCCUCCGGUGCUAUCAAAAGUUGUGUCAGUGGCUGUCGAGGCGAUAAACAAGAUGCAAAUGACAGCGAUAGCCGUUAAAUAAUAUUUGCAUAAUCAUUAAGAAAAAGAGCGCUGUGUCUGUUAAAAAGCCGCUGCAGGCCGGAGUAGAGAUGUGUCUCAGAGUCGGGUGAAUGGCAACAAUUCCAUCCCGAUAAAGUGUUUACUCGGAUCAAAGUGUGAUUGUGACCGCGAUUGAUUGUCUCGACUUGAGGGUUUUCAUUCAUUGCGGGAUCGGUUCGACUCGGUUCGCUGUCUUUUUUUCUCUGCCUCUUUCCUCCAUGUGCCGCCUGUAAACACGGCCCCGGCGCUCGGAGUUGGCAAAGUGCAGAUUGCCUUUGCUUUGGGAUUUGAAUUAUGGAGGUAAAAUCCUGCUGUCAGAGCCAGGAGACAGUUGGUCUUAGGUUGACAUGCGAGCCGAGAUCUGAUUGGCUCCCCCAUCCCUCUGCUCUCGGCCAUUUAUAAUUGCAUCUAAUGGAAGGCUGCA